AUGGAAGCAAAUAGUGUUGUUCUAUGUGACAAUCUUAUUAAAUGGUUGCAGACUCUAAAUCUUACUGCCAAACAUGAUAGUCCCUCAGAGUUAUCAGAUGGUGUUGCAAUAGCUGAAGCGCUCACUCAAAUUGCACCUGAACAUUUCACAACAACUUGGAAUUCUAAAAUAAAAACAGAUGUAGGUCAUAACUGGCGAUUGAAGGUCAGCAAUUUGAAAAAGAUUUUAGAAGGUGUUGUUGAUUACCAUCAGGAUACAUUAAAUCUAAGUUUGACAGGAUUCUCUAGGCCGGAUGUUGUUAAUAUCGCCGAACAUGCGGACCCAUCGGAUAUGGGCAGGCUGCUGCAAUUGGUCCUUAGCUGUGCAGUCAACUGUAUUAAGAAGGAAGAAUACAUCACGCGAAUUAUGGAGUUGGAGCUAUCGUGUCAGCGUUCGAUAAUGCAAGCGAUACAGGAAUUGGAAAAUAUAACAUUGGGCACAAAUCGUGGAAGUAUACAUUCGGAGACGACCGCCGCUGACCAGACCGAUGCUGACAUGAGAGAGGCGCUCGCGCAAAGAUGUCACGAACUUGACACUCAGGUAAAAAUCCUCCAAGAGGAGAAGAUGACACUGCUAUCGGAAGUGAGCAGGUUGACAGCGGCGCGGGAAGCAGAAGGGUGUGAGGAUGGUCGCGAGCUGGACGAGGGCGGCGCGUCGCUCGGGCCCGCGCACGCCGGCACGCUGCGCUACAGCCACAUGCGGGCACAGCUGGACGCCCUCAAGGAUGAGCUGGACAAGAUAGAGUUGCAAAGGGACGAUCAAAGGGCGAGGGCCGAUGCCCUGGAACGAGAGCUGGCCAUCACUAAGCUGAAGAAUGAGGAGUUGCAGAUGGCAGCAGUAGAGAACGUGGCGCUCAAAGAUGAAGUGGACGCGCUACGAGAGACCGCGGCGAAGGCGGCCGCCUUGGAAGCGACCGUCGCUUCGUAUAAGAAGAGGAUGGAAGAGCACGUGGAUUUGAGGAGACAGGUGAAGUUGCUCGAGCGCGCCAACACAGAGCACGUGCAGCGCGCCAUCGAGCACGAGCAGGUGGCCACGCGCGUGCAGGGGCUGCGCUCGCAACUCGAUAUAUACAAGAAACAGGUGACGGAUCUAAACGAGAAGCUGGACGCGGAGAUCACGAAGGCGGACAAGCUGGAGAUCGAGAACAAGAAGCUGAGCAGCGGCGCGGCGUCGCUGCAGCGCGAGCGCGACGCGCUGCGCCACGAGCGCGACACGCUGCGCGAGGCGCUCGACGAGCUGCGCUGCUCCACCAUCACCGCUGGUGCAAGUGAAGACAACAUGUCGCGGGAGCUAAUACCUAACGAUAUAAAGGAACGUCUCAUACGAUUAGAGCAUGAAAAUAAAUUACUAAGGCAAAACCAGGGCGCGCAAGCCGACCAGGCAUCUGUUCAGGCGCUGCUAGAAGACUACGCGGCGCGGCUGGAGAAGCAGCGCGCGCUCAACCGCGAGGCGAACGCGCGCAUCAUGCAGCUGGAGGCGUCGCUGGAGGCGCCGCACCCGCGCCUCGCCUCCGCCAUCGAGGAGAGCCAGCGGAAAUCGCUUAUAGUCGAAGAGCUACAAGCAGCGUUAGGCGAGGAGCGGCGGCGAGCCAGCAAGCUGCAGGAGGCGCUGUCGGCGCGCGAGGCCGAGUUGCUCGCUACCGAGGACAAGUAUAAGAAGUGCGUGGAGAAGGCUAAGGAGGUCAUCAAGUCGCUCGACCCGAGGGCUACUGGUCAACAGUCUCUGUCGGACACUACGCUGGGCUACUCGCGGGGGCCGGUCGCGGCGAGCGCGAACGCGUCCCGCGCUGACGCCGCGCCCACUAAUAACAAUCGUCACGAGUGGAGUGGCAGCGGCAGCGAAGAAGGCGGUCGCUGCCUCAACGAGCAGCGCCUGCUCGCCUCCGCCUGGUACCAGCUGGGCGCGCGCUGCCACCGCGACGCAGUCGAGGCGCGCUUCGCUUCGCUCUCCGCCGGACACUCCUUCCUGGCACGCCAGCGGCGCCAGGGCGCCCGCCCGCGCCCUGCGCCCUCCGCCGCCCCA